GUAUUUUAAUAUUUUGUUGGCCACUUCCUUUUUUCAAAAUGCUAGAAAGGAUGAUUAUGGUAAUAUUAUAAGUUGCAAAAUGCAUGAUUUGACGCAUGAUUUUGCUCUUUCAAUUUCAAAAUCAGAAACUUUGAUUUGGGGGGGAGAAUCAUUGGAUAAUUUCAGCAAUGUACUACAUUUAUUUGUUCAAUCUGAUGGUCACACAACACCAGGAAUUUCGUUUACAGGAGAUUGUUUCACAAAAUUGCGCUCAUUAGUUUCAAAAAAUAUUGACUUUGGGGACAUGUUAUCAAAUUUUAAAUGCUUACGUGUUUUAAAGUUAUCUGGGCAUAAUAUAAUAGAGUUGCCAAAUUCAGUUGAGCAUUUAAUACAUUUGAGACUUCUUCACAUUUUGCGCACGAAAAUUGAGGAAUUACCAGAAUCUAUUAUCAAACUCUUCAAUUUGCAAACUUUAAUAAUUGAAGAAUGCCAAGGUAUCAAAAAGCUUCCGAAAGACCUAAGCAAUUUGAUUAACUUGAGACAUAUUAAUUUUGAUAAUUUGAUAUGGUUAUGGUAUGAUGAUAAAUCAUUUAAAAAUAUGGGACGGUUGAGUUGCCUUCAAACAUUGCCAAUUUUUGUUGUGGGUCGAGAUGAAGGUUAUCGGAUUAAAGAACUGGGACCUUUAAAGAAUCUCAGGGGAGAAAUAGGCAUAUACGAUCUAGUUUACGUGAAAGAUGAGGAAGAAGCCAAAAGUGCCAAAUUAAAAGAAAAGGAAAUAUUCAAGUUGGGAUUAUACUGGAAAUAUCCAAGAGCAGCGGACAACUAUGAUAAUGAUGAAAAGGUGUUGGAAGGCCUCCAGCCUCACCAAAAUUUGAAAAGCUUAAAAAUCAGAUGGUAUGGAGGACAGAAAUUCCCAUCAUGGGUUGGUUUGUUGCUAUAUCACAAUUUGAUUGAGAUCAAUUUGAUACAGUGUUGGGAAUGUGAAGAAGUUCCUACUCUGGGACAUUUGCCCAGUCUUUGGAUUCUUGAAAUGGGAGGAAUGGAUAAGGUAAGAAGUAUAGGAAGUGAGUUUUACGGUUACAAUGAUGGGAGUUACCGAAAUACUACUACAUUAUUUCCGGCAUUGAGAACACUCAAAUUGCAGUGCAUGUUUAGUUUAGAAGAGUGGAAGGAUGCAAAGGAGUUAAGAAUUGCAGGUGAGGUGUUGGUUUUUCCUUGCCUUGAGGACUUGACCAUUAUAUGGUGUCCUAAGCUGAGUUAUUUGCCAGACUCACUGCACACUUGCAUUUCCCUUCAGAAGUUGGUAGUACGGUAUUGUGGUGACCUGAGGUGUUUACCAGGUGUCCCGUUCAUAAUAAGGUGUGGUAUUAAAGAACUACCCAGUGGGCUACAGUCUGUUGAAUAUUUGGGGAACGAGGAUAGUGUGGGUUCUACUUCCAUUCAACACUCGCACCCCUCCCUCCAAAAGCUCAAAUUGUCGGCUACACCCCACUAUCUCCAAGACCAAAUUCAAUACUUCAUUGCCCUUAAAAUUCUGUGGAUUCAGGAAUUUGGUGAAAUGGUAGCUUUACCAGAGUGGUUGGGCGACCUCUCAUCUCUUCAAGAGCUGUAUAUUGUGGAUUGCAAGAACUUAGUGCAUCUGCCCACCGAGGAAACCAUGCGACGCCUCACCAAAUUGAAAACGGUGAUGAUAUAUGGUUGCCCCAAAUUAAACAAUCAGAUUGACCACAAUCCAUUUAUUCAAUUUCCCAAUUUGAGGCCAUGUUGCUCAGAUUUUGAAGACUAACUCUGGAAGCUGGCAGAAAGUUUGCAUCUGGGAAAAUAAUUAAGUUGAUGACAACUGUUGCAAAGGCACUUUAGGCACUAGGGACAACAAAUCUAUUGUGUUCAGCUGGAUGAAAAAUUAAAUAUGAUGUUUUAAUCCCCUCCCAAGCCUACAGGAGUUUUGUUGCAGUUAAAAUUACUUUAUCCGUCACUGAUGGCCCUAAUCUUCUGCUCUUGAUGAAGACUGACGAUUUUCUUCAAAAACUGCAUAACGUACUUAUGAUUGCAGAAAGCUGAUCCAUCUGCUCCCACACAUUGCCUCACCCAUUUUGGAGGACCAAGAGCGUCCAUUACCAAUAGAUAGCUGGAUUAUUCAACUGUUAGCAACUGAAUUUUAUGUGAUG